AUGCUACGUAGUAGCAUCGGGACGCAGGUAGCUAGAAACGCUCUCAAACAUCUCUGCCAUAUUUUUCAUCCCGUCACGCUCAAACCCACACCCAACCCUCGCCCCAUCAUUUAUAUUACGCCUCCGUCAAAAAUGACACGAAAAUACCCAAACGAACACGACUCUGACGUCACUCCCUUCCUUCCACACGUCUCCUGCAUCUCGAAUCACGCUCCUAUCAUCACGCUAUCAUCACGCUCCUAUCCGACACGCUCGUAUUUUCACUCACAUCGACUCUGCCCGACUUAUCACGUCGCACCCACAUCUCUGACGCUCAUCUUCACCACCUUCACACACCUCAAAAACAUCACAAACACGCUCUAUUCCACCGACACGUAA